GGCCUACACAGCCGUCCGAGGCCUGAGCUGAGUUGAGGGAGGGGGCUGACCUCGAUGCUGAUAUACCGCAAUUACCUCUGAGGCGCGGGGCGGGGUGAGGUGGGAAGAGGGUGCGUUACGUGGCCUUGGCAGGGAGACUCACCUGCUCCAAUAAAAGUGGGUGCAGCCUCGCCUUUAAGAGCUUCAGCCCCCCCCCUCAAAUCCUGCCCCAUCUCCCUUAGGGUCCUUCUUAAUAACUCGCCAGCACCCACUUUGAGGCCCCUCUGCUCGUUAGGGACUCCACCCCACAUAUCCCCCCUAGGGCCUAGGUUGACCGUCAGUUGCUCCCUCUUUGUCCCGUUUCCAGACCCUCAUAGGGACCCCCAUCCUACUGCUACAGGGAAACGCCCCCCCCCAUUUAGCCAAGGAGAGAGCCUUCUGAUAGAAUUUUGCAUCUAACAGAUUCCCCCCUCCAGGGAUCCUCAACAUCUCAAAAAAUCAGUCAUAAUCUCAGGGACCUUGAAGCCCCCCCCCAAAAAAAAUCUGUGCUCCUCUCCCAGAAUUCAUUAUUUUCCCUCCCCCAACCCUCAUAUCUUUCAGCUCUUGUCCCCAUUCAGGGACCUUCACCCUCCAUUUCCUACAAUCUCAUGGUUCAUUUCAUUGUCCCCACAGAGUCCUUUCAAGAGAGAGGGGCGCCAUGGGGAAAAAGGGAGAGCGGGGGGCCAGGGACAAGGCUGCAGCCUUGGAAGAAGAAGCCAGGAAUGCUGCCAGAAGGGCCGAACAUGGGGAAGAGGAAUACCAGUGCACAGGGAUCCUGGAGCAGGAUUUCUUGGAGCUCUGCACCCGGGCUGGAUUCCAAGAGAUCCCAAAAGUUACACUGAGGCCACACCCCAAUUCUUUUGCUGUCCAGGAGGAGCCCGACCCACUGGCUGAGAGGGAGUGGCCCUACAUCAUUGCACAGAUCCAGUGCAAGUAUGCCUUCUUCCGCCCCACCAUCCAAGUGGAUUUGGAACAUGAGGACCCCAAAACCACUAAGGAGAUCUUCAUCCGGAACUGGAAAAUUGAAGACAAGAUGCUGGGUAUCUUUGCCAAGUGCCUGCCAACUCUUUCCCACCUCCAAGCAAUUCGGCUCUGGAAGGUUGGCCUGACAGACGUCACCUUUCUCUCUCUCCUCUCCAUUGUGCCAACCUGCUCCACACUCAAGACACUGGCCGUGGAGGGAAACCCUAUGCGUGAGCGAUUGUACCACAAGCUGAUUUCUGAAGAGACCAAUUUGGCCCACGUUUCCCUCCGGAGCAACGAGAUCGAUGACGAGGCAGCCUUACUGAUUGGGCAGGCGCUUUCUACUCUCAAGAGCUCAAACAAGAACCUUGCCUCCAUCAACCUCAGCUAUAACCACAUCACGGAUGUGGGUGCCGGCUACAUCGCCAAUGGCCUGCGGCUCAAUCGUUCGCUGCUUUCCUUGUCUCUGGCACACAACCAGAUCAAAGAUGAAGGAGCCCUGAAGCUCGCAGAGGUUCUCGGUCCGUUUGCCCUCACACACAUGGAGGUGGUAGAGAGGAGGCGGCUUCUGCUGGAGAAGGAGGGCCAGGAGAGAUCUCGCUUGUCACAGAGACAUGCGGAAUUGAGAAGCGAGCGCCCCUCCAGCCACAUGAGCAACACAACCCUCGAUAAGCUGCAGACAGCAAAGACCACCAAAGGCACCGUUAAGAAGAAGGAGAAGGAGAAAGAGAAGGAGGAGGAGAAGAAGGAGAAGAAGGAGAAAGAACUUCCUAAGAAGGAUGACAAGGGCCAGGCCAGUGCAGCAACAGCUGCAACAGCAACAACAGCAGCUCAGUCCAAGAAGGAAGACUCCAAGCAGGCCAAGAAAGCGGCUCCUCCUGCCGAUCAGAAAGCCGCCCGUGGCAAAGGAGCAAAAUCAGGCACCAAAGACAAAAAGGCUCAAGUCAUAGAAGUGGAGGUAACCAAAUCACAGAGAAGGGCUUGCAGGCCUUUCUGGUCGCCUUGGAACACCAGAAUGUUAGGGUGGCUCCUGGAGGCAAAGGGCCGAUGGGCCUCAUGCGGCUGUCACUGGCGAAAAACAACUAUCCAGUGGACAGCAAGACCUAUGCCAGGAUCCAAGAGCUCAUGUGGACACGUGACCCCGUUCCCAGGUCAGGGGCCAGGGUGGCCGAGGAGGAGUUUUAGCUGGAGAGCACACAAAAAAUCCAGGAUGAGCCCACUGGCCUCCUCACAGCGCUCCUUGGAUUCAAGCAUCACUCAUCAUUUGAACGCAGGGAGAGGGAGGAAACUGCUUCCCACCCCAAUUCAAGAGAAGUGAAAAUAAACCUGAUGCUCACCUCCUCACUUAAGGGUGCAGGAUCCUGUACUAAUUCAGGGGAAGAUUUCAUGGGGAGGAGUUACUCUGUGGAUGAGAGGCAGAGAACUGACUUAAUGGGAUUGCCACGUCAGAGGGUCGUAGCAAUAUUCAUCCUGCUGAUAAUGCAAUUGUGAGAACUCCAAAUCCACCAUCCCUGCCUGAUAAUAUGCAUAAAAUCCAGGUUGUGGAGUUAAAAAGAGGCCUCACCUGCUAGGUUGAGAACAGCGGGACUUGGGGACAUCUAGGAGAGACCCCCUCCCCCAAAAAUCAUUGCUUUCUUGUGGCAGGAUGGGGCAAUCACUGGGGUGUGGGGAUAUGGCAUGGCCACUAAGACCAUGGAAAAAAUACCCACCCCAACCUGCUGCACCCCAUCCAACACACUCCACUCAUGAUAUUUCCCCCCUUGCUUGCUGGGCACACAGACUGCUCACACACAAUGGACACCAUGAGACCCACAAAGCACCCUCUCCCUUUGGGAAAGGGGAGGCUCUCAGAAGAGAACUGCCCCUUAGAAGAGUUUCCUACAAAGAGGCUCACCUUCCCAUGUUGGCGAGCCCCAUCCAGCCCUCACUUCCCUCUACAGCAUGUGCAGAAACCACCUUAUUGACUGUUGCACUCCCUAUUAGUCAAUGCGCUAAAGCUUGGGGGUUUGAGACCCAACAGCUACCUUUGCCUGGUGUAGCCGAACAGUGGAAGCUGUUUCCCGGGUUGUGGAUCCUGUCACCUGCAGACAUCUUCUAGGAGCCACAGGGGAGAUCUGAGUGCAAAGGUGAACAGACUAUCCCAGAAAGAACACAGUGUGUUCUCCACCAGAGUGAAUGGUGAGCAAUGAUUGGCUGAGAGUUUGAAGAGUGGUUUGAAUGCUGGGAGGGAGUCGGUUGAGAAUCAGUUAAAGCCUGGAGAUCAGAGAGGGAAGAGCUGGGGGGUGGGUGUGAAGCAGGGUUGGUUAGAUGAGCGGCAGAAGAAUAGAAUAAUAGCCAUGAUUAGAACUGUAGUAAAGGGACAGAUAAGAUACUGGGACAUUUGAAACCAUACACUUGGGUACUUGGAGGCAUUGUAAAGUCCUCAUUCAGCAUUCUUUCAUAAAUCAGUCGUGUUCUGCCACAUGCCUCUUCCUUGGCUACAUGGGGGUUGUUCAGAUAAAAAAAUUAUCUAUGGUGGCAUUGCAGAUCAAGGGGGCGUUUAGUAGAAUACACAGAAAAGGCCCAACUCACCUUAAAAAAAGUAAAAAGGUGGCACAGUGCCAGAGCACCUCAGAGGAGGGAGGGUUGGCACAAC